AUGGGACGUUUCCUAUAUUUCGGUGCGCUCUGGUCUGCUUUAACUAGCAUUGCCGGUGCAAAGGCCCCUUCAGACCAGAAAUGGACUGAGCGGUCCAUAUAUCAAGUCAUGACUGACCGGUUUGCCCGGUCCAACAGCUCCGACGAUAGCUCUUGUGAUCCGUACAGAUACUGCGGGGGCUCGUGGGCUGGAAUUGUCGACAGACUGGACUACAUUCAAGAUCUUGGGUUCACGGCCGUUCAAAUAUCUCCUGUCGUGGAGAACAUUCCAAAUAAUACCAAGUACGGGGAAGCCUAUCAUGGGUACUGGCCGCAGAACCUAUACGCCCUGAACGAGCAUUUCGGGACGGCUGAGGAUCUGAAGAAUCUAGCGGACGAGCUUCACAAACGAGACAUGUACCUGAUGGUUGAUGUCGUGAUCAAUGACAUGGCUCAAGCUGUGAAAGGCUCUAUGGACGACGACCAUCCCCCUGAGAUGGAUUGGUCACAAAUGAUCCCCUUCAACCAUGAAAAGUACUACCAUCCAGCCUGCAGGAUCAGGGACUGGAAUGAUCCGGAAGACUAUCAGAAUUGCUGGUUUGCGGUCCAGACUGUUGCCCUGCCGGACCUGAAUACAGAGGAUGAUAGGGUUGUCCGGAUGAUCCAGGAGUGGGUGAAGGGGCUUGUCGGCAACUAUUCGAUCGACGGUCUGCGCAUCGAUGCUACCAAGCAUGUAGAUGAUGCCUAUUUGACCAACUUCAACCGAGCUGCUGGGUUGUUUACCUUGGGUGAGGUGUACAGCGGAGACACGGAGUUGGUCUGCAGAUACGAAAAGUUUGUCUCUGGUCUUCUGAACUUCCCUAUUCAUGGUCCGAUGAUCAAGGCGUUCACUGCUGGUGAGAUGGAAGGGCUCGCCGAGAAAGUUCGCACUGUGCACAAUGACUGUAAAGACUUUAGUCGUCUGGCGACGUUUCUCGAGAGCCAUGACAUCCCACGUUUUGCUUCCUUGGUGAACGAUACCACCCUUGCCAAAAAUGCAAUGGCAUUUAAUAUCCUCUCUGAUGGAAUUCCAGUGGUCUAUCAAGGCCAGGAGCAACAUAUGCCGGGGAAUUUUGCCCCGUAUAACCGCGUGCCACUCUGGACCACGGGAUACAACACCAGCGGGCCGCUAUACAACGUGACAGCAUCGCUUAACAAGAUUCGCAACCACGCCAUCCGCAUGGAUCGACAUUAUGUCUCAAACCACAGCAUGGAACUCUACCUUGACGGCUCAACAUAUGUCACCAGGAAGGGCUCUGAGGGUCUUCAGGUUGUCUCUGUUUUUUCGAACCAAGGCUCUACCGGUGGUCCAUACAAACUUACAGUGAACGACACUUUCUCCCCCAACACGGAGGUCAUGGAAGUCUUGAACUGCUCGAAGCAUCAUGCUGACCAACAUGGUCGUCUCACCAUUGAUAUGGAUGAGGGAGAGCCGAGAGUCUUUUAUCCCUCGAAGAAGAUGAAGGAUUCUGGCCUGUGCGGCUAUCAUAAACGAAAUGCAUCACUGUCUGGCAAUGGGAAGAAUUCUACAAAUGGCCCCAGGAAGAAUUCAACCACCGACGAGACAUCAUCGUUUGGGCACCAGACUAUCAUUCCUUCUUCUGCGGCGCUUUUCUGUGUUUUAUUUGUAACUGCGGGCUGGUUGCUUUAG